AUGAUCGAACAUUGUUGCAACUUCGAUCUGACCGAGCUGGUGGGCACGCGGCGCCGAGCAGCACCUGGCCUGUCCUUCGCGGCCACGAAACUGGGAGGCGCCUGCAGCGUGGAUGCUGGCUGCGCGCGCGGGCUGUACACGAACAGUCCUGCUGGCACCAGUUUCGCGCUCCAGCGUCGCUUCCAGGCGUCGCACAUCCGCCGUGUGGCAGUGCCUCCAGCUUCUCUGCACGACCAGGGGUUCGCCCUUCGCCUUGGAAGUGCGGGCUCCGACUUCUCACCGGUUGCCCUCUACUACCCGCCGAAGACCAAGGAGAGGCGGAAGCAGGCCCACUACGAGGCUACCGUGGUGCAGCUCAAUCGCUGGUUGGGCACGUCGUUGGCGGAGGGCGAGGAUACCUUCUACGGCGAGCGCGACAGCUCCAUGACAGACUCUGUUCUCGCUCCCGCGGACGUUUCACGCCUGGUCCAUGGGAGCGGCGUUCACCCCCGACUGGGUCGCCGCCUCCAGCACAUUAAGACGCGCGCCAUCCGCGACCACCUGCCGCUCUUUCUUGAGCUCGACAAGAACGAGCUGCCCGUGCCCCGCGCCAACUGCAAACCUACGUCCGGCUGGAACCGUGAGGGCCUAAUGAUGGCGGUCACUUCUGGCGUGCGACGUGCUACCUUCUGCCGGGAGAUCUGCGACUACCUGGAGGCUCACCGCACCCACAGGUCGGAGUUCCUCGAAUUGGCCGCCCCCGACCCCUUCUUUGCCUGGCUUGAGAGCGCCUUUGCCGAGACUCGUCAGAAAUAUUUCGGCGGCCGCAAGCCCCUCUGCGCGCGUCUUGACUACCGCGCGGACGCGGCGUGGCGCGCUGCCCUCCUGCGUGAACUGAGAGAGCUACCGAACAUCUCGGCGAUCGACCAGACGAUGCCCCUGCGCUUCAUGCCGAGUUCCGGGAUCUGA